UCCCUCCUCCCUCCUCCCUCCUCCCUCACACAGUCACUCUCUUUCUCUCUCUCUCUCUCUGCUCGCGGGUUCUCGUCGUCCCCGUUUCCCACUUCACUCGGUUGCUCGGCGCUCUCACUAAUUCUGAGCUUCGUCUUCAUUGUCUUUGGUGGAUUUAGAAGCUGUCUUGUUGAGUGAACGAUGACCCAUAGUGUUUGAUGGUAUCCUAUCCUCCUCCUCCCCGUGCCUGCGUACACCCAGAUAAGAAACUGAAUGCAGAGGAUAAUGGGGCGGAAAGCUGGUGGACUUUAUAUUAACCCUAAGAGAUAUGGUUCACUUCAUAAACCUUGCAUGAAGGAAAUGAUGACUUUUCUCAGCUGCAUGGCUGUUAACCAAGGCAACAGUGAUGUGUGUACUAAGCAGAAGGAUUUAUUAAAGACCUGUUUGGAUUCACAGAGUAAAAAGAACAGAAACGCCUGGGGAAGUAUCAAUUAUCAACUGCAGAGGCUUAACAGGGGAAGGAAGUAGUCUGAUAUUUUCUAAUUUAAAACAGUUGUAUGAUUGUUGUUUAAAAUUUAAAAACAAAAAAAACCUUGUAUGAUUCUAAUUCAGGAAUUGCCGAGCAUUGCCAUGUUGGUG